AUGGCCAUUUCACCAAAGAACAAGGGGCGCACCAGCAAGAAGGCCAAAGAGGUCGUUGAGGAAUAUGAAGAAGAGGAGAAAGCCUCGGGGUCUGAGCAAGAGGAUGAUGAAGAAGAAGGGUAUGAGGUCGAGGCCAUUUUAGAUGCCAAAUGGCAGUACAACAAACGCGGCAAAUGGAGUUACUUUGUUCGCUGGAAGGGAUAUGGUCCUGAAGACGAUCUCUGGAUCGACGAAGAAGAUGCUGGUGGAGCAGAGGAUCUAGUUAAAGAGUAUCACGAAGCCAACAAUCUUCCACGCGAUGGAAAGGGAAAGAAAGGUCCUGUGAAGAAGGGCCGCCCCAGCGCUACUGCCCAGAAGAAGCGCAAGGCCAGCGUUGAGGAGAUGGAUGUCGACGAAGAGGAAGCGCCAAAGAAGCAGACCAAACGUGGUAGACCCAGCAAGAAUAAGGAGCCGGAGCCCAAGAGCGAUGAAGAAGAAGAGGAACCCGAGUUCGCGUCAAUGGACGACUAUAUGAAAAAGGCCAAAUGGAACGAUCUUAUCAAGGAGAUCGAGACCGUUGAAAAUACGGGUGAAGCCGAUGGUGAACUUGUUGCGUUGGUCACUCGUGCGGAUGGACAAAAGGCCCGUGUGAUAACUACCGUGCUUGCAGAGCGAUGCCCGCAGAAGUUGAUUGCCUUUUACGAAACUCACCUGAAGUGGCGCCCCACUGAAGAAGAGUAG